ACUUUGGUACGGCCAUUGAGAUUGGUGGAAUUCAAGAUCCAUUGCCUAAAGGAGGCCUUUGGCCAUGGCCGACAACGAAAAGAGGGUUUCCACAGGAGUGCCUCAAGAGAUCCCUCUUGACCCACUGCCUCCGGCUCAGCACAAUGUCGCCAGCGAUUCAUCAUCCGAGUUUGACGAGGUGAGUCUAGUUACAUUGCCUUGCUUUGCGCUGCUUGCUUCGUUUGGACCCGAACCUACUGCGGAUCAAUUAGACUGACACAUAGGACCUCAACAGUCUUUCUCCUACGAUCAGGAUGACAUGCCCGACUUCCAAACCACCGAGCAGGACCUUCACGUCACCGAGGAUGACCUUCUCGAGGCUCGCGAACUGGCCUCAAAGUACACACUAGAAGAUGUGCGCCACAUAAUGGCUCGCGUUUAUCGCAUCCACGAGAAGGAUCCCAACUUUCCACUCGUAGUUAUCCAAAAGAUCAAGGCAUUUCUCGAGAACGAUGAACUCUUCACGAACCCCGAGAAGCACGAGAGUCUGGUGCAGGAGAUGAAGCUCGAGGCUGCUCUCAUCACAAAUAACAGCCCCUACGCCGAAGUUCGUGCCGUCGUCGAGAACAAGGAUGAUACUUCCAUCCCUUCAUCAACCAUUCGAAGUUGGACAAUCGGUCUCGUCUUUUCAAUGCUUCUUGCUUUCACCAAUCAGCUUUUCGAUAUUCGCCAACCUGCCAUUCGCAUCAUGGCCAAUGUCGCUCAGCUGCUCUCAUAUCCAAUUGGCAAAGGUUUCGAAAGGUGGCUUCCUGACUAUGGCAUCACUCUCUUCGGUGUGCGCCAUUCCCUCAACCCAGGGCCCUUUUCCAAGAAGGAGCAUAUGCUUAUCACCAUCAUGGCCAACGUUGCGUAUAACACUCCCUAUACGAACUUGAUCAUCUGGGUCCAGUAUCUGCCCCAGUACUUCAACCAGCCAUAUGCAUCCCACUUCGCCUACCAGAUUUUGAUCGCGCUGAGCACCAACUUUAUCGGCUAUGGAAUGGCGGGUGUCUGCCGUCGCUUCCUCGUUUAUCCCUCGUACUGCGUUUGGCCUGCGUCUUUGGUUACUAUUGCGCUCAACUCGGCUUUCCAUACCGACAACAACUCCCCGGUACAGGGCCCCUUUGCCAAGAUCUGGCGCGUUUCUCGUAUCAAGUUCUUUUAUGUCAUGUUCGGUGCUAUGUUUGUCUGGUUCUGGUUCCCUAACUAUAUCUGGACCUCGCUCUCCAACUUCAGCUGGAUGUCCUGGAUUGAUCCCUAUAACCGUGACCUCAACACCAUCACCGGUUUCAACAACGGUCUUGGCAUCAACCCGUUUCCAACAUGGGAUUGGAACGUUCUCCUCUGGGAUUCUGCUGACCCUCUUAUGGUACCUUUCUUCAGUACUUUCAACCGAUUUGUUGGUGCAUUCAUUUCCAUGUGGGUGGUUCUCGGCCUCUGGUACUCCAACAUCUACAACACUGGAUACCUUCCCAUCAACACCAACCGUGUCUACGAUCGCUGGGGCGAGCUGUACAACGUCACUCGAGCUAUCAACGACCGAGGACUCUUCGAUGCCGAGAAAUACGCCGAUUACUCUCCCCCCUUCCUGGGCGCUGGAAACGUUGUUAUCUACAUUUUCUUCUUCGGCAUCUACACUUCGACCCUUACCUAUGCUCUUCUGUUCCAUCGACGCGAAAUUGUUACUGGCUUCAAGGGUCUUUUCAACAGCAUGAGGAGGAAGUCGAAGCGCGCGGAGGAGGUUCACGACCUUGAUGUUCACACUCGUCUCAUGAAGGCCUACCGUGAAGUUCCUGAGUGGUGGUACAUGGUUUGCCUUGUUUGCGCUAUUGCAUUUGGUAUUUCUGGUAUUGCUGGCUGGGACACCCACACUUCACCUGGUGUCAUUUUCUACGGUCUUGCACUUUGCCUUGUGUUUGUCAUUCCCGUCGGUAUCAUCAAGGCCAUGACUGGUAUUGAGGUCACUCUGACAGUUCUCGCUGAGUUUAUUGGAGGUUCCUUCGUUGAAGGCAAUGCUCUGGCCAUGAACUACUUCAAGUCUUUUGGCUACGUCACCUGCGCCCAUGCUGUCAUGUUCUCCAACGAUCUCAAGCUUGCUCACUACGUCAAGAUUCCUCCUCGACACACCUUCUUCGCUCAGAUCAUCGCUACUUUUAUCAGCACCUUUGUUUGCGUUGGUGUUCUCAACUUCCAGAUGACCCAGAUCGAGGGAGUCUGCACUGAGGAUGCCCGGUGGAAGAUGACCUGCCCCAGUGUCAACACUUUCUUUACUGCUUCAGUUCUUUGGGGUACUGUUGGACCUAGCAAGAUCUUUGGAAAGAACGGUCUCUACACUGAGGUCUUGAUCGGUUUCCCUCUGGGUGUUGUGGUUGUUCUGGCUGUUUGGGCUAUCAACAAGAGGUUCCCCAACUGGACCUGGACAAGACAGAUUCACCCUGUGGCUAUCAUGUAUGGAGGUAUCGUUUGGGCACCUUACAACAUGUCGUAUGUCUGGCCCUCGGUACCCAUUGCGUACUUUUCCUGGAUUUAUCUCAAGUCGCGCUACCUCGGCUUGUGGUCUAAAUACAACUUCGUGCUCUCUGCAGCCUGGUCCUGCGGUAUCGCCAUUGCAGGCAUCAUCAUCUUCUUCUCCCUCCAGCUUGAAGGCACCGAGUUCAACUGGUGGGGCAACACAGUUGGCUACGUGGGAUGCGAGGACGACGCCUGUCCUCUUCAACCUCUUGAGGGCACGGAUUACUUCGGGCCUCGGGUGGGUGAAUUCCACUAGCCGCCUCGACUGGGGCAUCACGAUGAGAUGAUUUGGCGCAAUGUAUAUGGGAUUUGAGCGUGCGUUUUUUUGUAUUGGGACAUUUUUGAAUUACUUGGAAGAUUUAUAUACCCCGGUUGCAUUGACAUAGAGAUUGUCUGUUGGGACAGAUA